CUCUGCGAAGCCGAGCCCUCACAGAUAGAGAAGAAACCCUCGCUUCGCCGCUUCGCCGGCGCGGCUGGCCGGCCGCCACCGGCGAUAACCUCGCCGCCGACGACUCCGCAUCCGCUUCCGCCGCAGUCCGCCGCACCCGGUGGGGAAUGGCUUCGGCGGUGGAGCGGAGGGAGCAUUCCCGGAGGUCGGGGCGCUCGAGGUCGCGCUCGCCGGCGAGGGACCGGGGCUCGCCGCCGCGCAGGAGGGAGAGGUCGCCGGCUGCGAGGAGUCGGUCGCCUAGGAGGAGGUCUCCUGUUAAGUCUACUAGCUCACAUAGGGAGAGGUCGCCUGUUCGGAGGAAUGGCUCACCUAGGAGGUCUCCUGUUAGGAGUAUUGGGAGGUCGCCACAAAGAGAUAGGGUGAAGGAGCAGGUCAGGUCACCGAAACAGUCAUGGUCACGGUCUCCGUCACCUGCCAGGAAACGGGAGUCUUGGUCGCCAUCGCCGCAGAGCAAACGGCUGAGAAGGGCUCAGAGUGAGCGGGAAGGUGCAGAUGCUACUGAGGGUGACCGCCGGAAGACCACCAGGGAGCGUGAUGAGGGAAAGGAUGUGUCAAGGGAUAGAAAGGCUGAGAGGGAGGAGGGCUCUUUUAAGGACAGGAAACUGGAUUGCGAUGAUGAUAGGGAUCACUCAAGAGAUAGAAGGUCUGAUCGGUCGGGUGCUUCAAGGGAGACAUGGUCAAGCCGAGAUUAUGAAGGGCGUGAUUCAAGGGGUAGAAGGUCUGAUGGGGAUGAUCAAAAAGGCAUUUGCAGGGAGCAAAGGGCAGAUCAUGAUGAUAGAAAGGAUUCUGCAAGAGAGAGAAGGGCAGACCGGGAUGAGAGCAAUGGUGAAUCAGGGAGAUCAUCUAGGCGUGGGCGAUCAGUGUCUCCAGAAGAGCAUAGGCAUAGGGGUAGACAUGAAUCCCAAUCCCACCAGUCACCGAGGUCAUCUAGAAGUGCAGCACGUGGUGAGGGACAUUCUGAUUGGAAGAAGUUUAGGCCAGGCUUGCCGGAAUAUUUGCCUGAAAUGGACCGAAUGUUUGAGGGUGUUGCUGUGGAUGGUUCCGCAUCGUUUGUGGCCACUGCCGAGGAGCCUAUAGAGUGUGAUAGCUCUGACGAAGCGGAUGGUGAUGAGCAAGAGGACGAGCUGACCCCUCUUAGUGUUGGCAACAAAAGGACGAGUCCAAGUAAAAAGUCCAAGAGUCCAGCAGUGAGGGCAAUGGUUAGCAACAUGAGGGAGUACAAUGACCUUCAAAGGAGCAAAAUCAGCCUAAUGCAAUCCAUGUUGCAAGUUAUGCAGGAUGUCGCCGAAGCCAAACGGAAAGCCGCCGAAGCCGAAAGGAGAGCCGCGGAAGCCCAUAUGAUAGCCGCCGAAGCUCAAGCCAACGCUCAUGAGAUGAAGAUUAAAAAGGUACUCGAGAUGGCCGGAGUGUGGGGUCACUCCAGAAGGAAGCCCAAAGCUGUUCAUGGGCGUGGUCAACAUUACCCAGAAUGGUAGCGCGAUGGAUGCAUUCAUUCACACCUGUCCAGCAGGAAGGAUGCUCAUCAUCAAGAAAUAUGUUGAGGAUGCAGGGCAGUCGUUGUCGUCAUCAUUCUCGUCGCGGUCGUCGUUAUUCUCGUCAUUCUCGUCGUGGUCGUUGUCAGCAUCCCACAAUCGUCGUGCUCGAAGACAGCGCAUGGAUGAAGACUUAAACAAGAUGAUGUUGGACUUGUUGGACGAUGAUGACGAAGGUUUCUUCCACGUUAUGUUUCAGUAUGCCAUCCACAUUGACAAGCAUUUGACUAGAGUGAGUAUAGGCAACCUGCCUUGACUGGGUUGUAAUGGGUACAUAAUAAGCUUGGGGAUAGAAAGGCAUGUUAUAACAUGUUUAGAAUGAGUCCAACUAUGUUCCUCCUCCUGCAUGACCUAUUGGUUCAGUCCUAUGGCCUAAAAUCUAGUAGCAAAUCCACCUCGGUAGAAGCUCUUGCGAUGUUUCUUUGGAUGGUUGGCACCCCACAAUCAGUUAGGCAAGCUGAGGACAGAUUUGAGAGGUCCAUGGGGACUGUAAGUAGCUUGUUUAACAAAGUGUUGCAGUCUGUGGUCAAGCUUGCUGUUGAUGUCAUAAAGCCUGUGGACCCGCAAUUCAGAACAAUGCACCCAAGACUGAGGAACCGUAGGUUCUAUCCCUACUUCAAGGAUUGCAUAGGGGCUAUAGAUGGGACUCAUGUCCCUUGCGUGGUGCCAAACAACAAGUUCAUGCAGUACUUGUGCCGCAAGGGCAUGACCACACAAAAUGUCAUGGCUGCAUGUGACUUCGACAUGAGGUUUACAUUUGUACUAUCUGGAUGGGCCUGGUUCGGUACAUGACAUGAGAGUAUUUGAUGAUGCACACUCAACAUACAACCAUGUGUUUCCACAUCCUCCUACAGGAAAGUAUUACCUUGUGGACUCCGGCUACCCUAACCGGCCAGGUUACCUUGCACCUUACAAGGGAACCAAAUAUCAUCUACAGGAGUAUCGAGACAGCCCUGAACCUCAAGGUAAGGAAGAAAAAUUCAACUAUGCACACUCAUCUCUUAGGAAUGUCAUUGAAAGAUCAUUUGGAGUUUUGAAAAUGAAGUGGCGCAUGUUGGAAAAAGGUCUCUAGUUAUGCUCCUAAUAAACAGGCCAAAAUCAUAGUUGCAUGCUGUGCUCUCCAUAACUUCAUUAGGGUUAGUGGCAUACGGGAUAAGCACUUUGAUCGUUGUGACCGUGAUGAGAACUAUGUGCCCUCACAAGCUACUGCCGAUCAGCCUGAGACAGAAGAAGUGUUUGAUGAUUGCGAUCCGAUGAAUGCAUUUCAUGAUUCCAUUGCACUUUGUUUGGUUAACCGUUCUUGAAAGUUGUUUGUAAAGCACAAACAUGGUUAUGUACUGUAAUGCUUGCGACUGCUGUGUAUGUUUGAGAACAUUUUUUCGGUUCCUAUUGCAUGAAUAAUUGUGGUUUCACUUU